AUGGAACAUGAAUUUAGUGUCCCUAGCAUUGAAUCUCCCAAAAAGCUUCCUGAAGUCCUUUCGCUGAAUGCUCUAAAUAAAGAAACAUCAUCUAUAUAUCCAUGCCCCUACUGCCCAUUUGCUUUUGCGACAGAAAAAGAGCUCAAACUUCACCUACAUGAAAAUUAUGACAACGGGGCAAAUGUUGAAGAGACAAAAAUCGUGGAUGAUACAAACUCAAGCUGUGAAGAAUCAGAAAAUGAGCUUUCAGGAGAUUUUAAGUAUAUAUGUGAAGACUGCGAGCGAGGAUUUAUUUCUAUGAGAGGUCUUAAGCAACACACUGGCAAAAUGCAUGAUAUGAGCAAGAAGCCAUAUGCCUGUGACUAUUGUGGCAAAAAGUUUAAAAUUAAAUACGCAUUGAGUACCCAUAUGAAAACGUGCAACAAGAUAAGCCGGAAGUAUCAAAAUGUCAAAUUCAAAUAA